AUGGCACCUGUCCCCUUGGGCGAUCGCAGUACAUCGCCUCCUCUGGAAGAGGUUACCCAACUGCCAUCCACAAGCUGGACACAAGCGCCCAUUUUUGAGGGCGUUAACGGACGCAGACUACCCCUGGCUUCGUCGUUCUAUCGCCACGCUGAUGAUAAACCUCUCAACACAGAUUUACAAAAACUCCGUACCCCGGGGGUGCUACUGGGCCGUGGCUAUCCUCGGAUGGCAUAUCCUUCACUGGAAUCCGUAAUAUGCAACCGGUCACCGCAUCCCUCAUACCUCAAGCCGCAACCUCAAGUUCUUGAACUCCUCCAAAAAGGGGUCCUGGUCAUUACAGAAUAUUGUAUCCCCUCCGCGUGUCAAGAAAGUUCAACAUCGACAUCUACACCAGGAACAUCGGAAUCACAUUCAACUCCAGGUGAAGAGAUAGAAGAGCCGCGAUCUGAGCACGACAACCAUGUGGAAGAUGAUACGGAACAGGGACUGGAUUUACGGACACCGAACCUCAUUCGACCUAGGCUGUCUCGCACUGCCGUGAACGUGAAGAAGAAACAAAAUGGUGCGAACGAGAUCCAGCGACCUGAGAUGAUCCGACCCAUCCGGCCUCGUCCAGAACCGCCGCGUGCAGACCUCGGGGAUGAAGAUCUAUUAGGCUUAACCGACUCGACGGACCCUCGGAUCCUGGAGGACGGUAGUGAGCUUCUUGGCACGGGCCCUCUUGGGAUCAUGAAGAAAGAGCGCGUGAUGCUUUGCGGCAUGUCCCCUCCAGGAGAACCGACAUUGACCUGUGGUGUAUUCGCAUCCCAUUUCCACGACCUCUACCGACAUAGACUCUGUCAUCUCAUGUGGGAGACGAGGCUCCGCGAACGAGCUGAAAUCAGGGGACAGCCGAUCGAUACGAGCAAGUUUGUUUUUGGCGGCUUCGAACCGAAUUUCCCGACUUGCAAGAUAUGUGGUAGACGGUUCUCGCGAUACGAUUCGUUGCAGCGACAUUUGGGAAAGUCAGGUUGCGGUGGGGUGGCGGACAUUGACAAACACAAGGAUGCUCAACAGUUGCGCCUUGAACGAAUGGAACGGGAGCUCCACAAGAGCGAGACACUCCAGCAUUGGAUAAGGACGCCCGUUCCGAGACCCAAGAUCGUCUGGGCCAAGGUGGCCUAUACUGCUGGGAUUGACGCUCACAGGGAUCUGAGGGUACUGGAGAUAUUUGAGGUGGAGGAGACGUAUGCGCCACGCUACCAGGUGGUAACUGUGAAGAAUGGGAAGGAAUGUCAGAUUAAACUGUUCAACCACGACGAGCCGGGUGGAGUUCCAUUCUUCACAAGGCAGCACGAGUUGGUCGUACCGGGGAAAAGGAUUGCGAUGGCGGAUUGGAGUCUGGACGAGAACCGGGCGCUCAAUACGAAGGACAAGGGGAAAGGACGGGCCAGGCGCUAA